CUUCAGCCUCGUCCCGUUGGAAACCUUGUUUCUCUCAGCCUUGCAAAUACCCCGCUUACCAGUUAACUCUCUUGCGUGCGUGUCGCAGCCGGUAAAUCCGAGACAGAUGGACAGAGAGAGAGAGUCGGUCGACACCUCAUUCCCGUCUUUUAUUGCCUCGCAGGCACACCAUCAUUCUAGUUUUUAAUUCCUUUCAUCGUCCAUACCUACCAUACGGUGGUUUUGGGUUUUUUUUUGCUCCCCGACACUACUGUAUUUCUUCUACAAGUUGAUGAGCUCAUUUGAGUCAAAGUUUUGACCGUCUCCUCCACCCCCAAGAAACAUGUCAAACCAAGAAUACAAGCCUCCGGACGGUCCGCCGCCCAUCUCGUCACCUCCGCCGGUCCACCGCGAUGCCGGUCCGUACAAUGAAGAGCGAGGGAUGAUCCCGGCCCAGAACUACGGCCCACCUCAGGGUUACGACUACGGCGGUUACAAUGACACGAGAGGGUACUACGGGCCUCCCCAGCAGGGCUGGAACCAGCAAGGAGGUUGGCAACAACCGGGUCCCCAGCAAGCGCCGUACGGGGGUUACUACGGACCGCCGCAGCAAGGCAUGUACUACGGGCAAGGGCCGCCGGUGACAUAUGUCGACCAACGAUCGAGUCCGGGUGCCGACGGAUGUUACGCCGCUCUUCUCGCGGCGUUGACAUGCUGUUGUUGUCUGGAGUUGUUGUUCUGAACCUAUCCUAGGUACCUUUCGCGAGGACCGGUGUACUGCGGUGACGUGACGAUGCACCAUGGCAUGAAGUUUAUGAGGUGCAUGGUGUUUUUUUGGUCGGCGUGGGUCUUCAUUGAGGGUGCUUUUCUCGGAAAGAGAGCAAAGGGGGGAAGGGCGGAUCUAGCGACGGCGUUUUGGUUCUUCGGUUCUUAAUCUGUGCAUACGAAACAUGGCUGGAACAUUCGGAAGUGGUGUUUGUCAGCGGGAGAACAAGAAAAUUAACAAGACCAUUCCUUGACUACCCGGAGGGAAUGAGGAAGAGCUGGUGAGGAGAGAGUAUCGUUAACAAGUCCACCCUAGGUAUCAGGCAUCUCGCCCUUGUCCUAUGUUACAUUUUCCCUUCACUUGACUUGAUCUCACGUUCCUUCACUUCCUGUGGAUUAGCCUGCUCUGAUUACCCAACAAGAAGGAAACCCGUCUUGAUCAUGGCAUAAAGUGGACGGAAGUGGACGGCAUGUCUGCAUGACUUGAAGGGAACAAAGCCAAGCGAUAUUUCAGUCAUCGUAGUAUUGAUCAGAGGGCAGUGCAAUCAAUAGAGUAUCAUUGACAAAGUUAUCUUUUCGUA